UGUGUGUUUGUGUGUGUGUGUGUGUGUGUGAGGGAGAGAGAGAGAUAGAGAGAGAAAUGAGUAUCGCGUUUACUUAAACGGUCCGUUUUUUGGCGCUGUAAGUCUAUGGCUUUAACAAACACUCAGAUAUCACUCGUAUCGGGAGAAGUCGGUCCUGUGAUGUGUUGUUGUGCUGUCAUUCACCGCUAAGGAAACGCCAGACUCCGUGUGUCGCUAAAGGCUGUCAGCAUACUCAGCUAUACGAGACCCGCCAGACCAUGAACUACGUGGGCCAGCUGGCAGGCCAGGUGUUUGUCCAGGUCAAAGAACUGUACCGUGGCCUCAACCCCGCCACCCUUUCUGGCUGCAUUGACGUCAUUGUAGUGAGGCAGCCUGAUGGAUCCCUGCAGUGCUCACCUUUCCACGUACGCUUCGGCAAGAUGGGCGUCCUCCGGUCCCGAGAGAAAUUGGUGGAUAUGGAGAUCAAUGGAGAACCAGUGGCUCUACAUAUGAAACUUGGGGACAAUGGAGAAGCAUUCUUUGUACAAGAAACAGAAAAUGAUCAGGACAUCCCCUCCUACCUGGCCACCUCUCCAAUCUUGUCGGAUGGGGCUGUAUUGAUGAGCUCCUCUUUGAUGGGCAAGAAGAGCUCUGGGGGGCCACCCAUACAGACCCUGGGCUCCACGGGUACUGCAGGAGAGACUGGCAGCAUGACAAUGAAGAAAAGGAGAAAGAGGAGGAGGAAGGCCCGGGCAGACAGCAUGUGGAGGGAGGAGAACGGGGACUACUCUGAGGAUGAAGACAUGUUCACCAUAGACAUCAGCUCAGAUGAAGGGACAGAGAUGGAGAGCAACAGGACUUCAUCUCGGGACGUCUUGAGAGAUGAGACAACCAGUGGCUCUUUCAAACAGACCGGCAUCUACACUCGCUCAGAUGGAGAGUGGAGCCCUCCUCAGAGCCCUGGGAACUCUCGUCCCACGUCUCCCAAGAGUGACUCUGAACUAAUGACUAAGCCAUCAGAGGCAGAGAGUCAGAAUCCAGCCAUGCACUGGGCCUGGGGAGAGCUGCCACAGGCUGCCAAGCCAUCCUUUCUCCCAGUGAAGUCUGACCCUCCACCAGUUUGCCCAGUUUCCAUUCCUGUGUCUGAAAGCACACACUUCCGUGUGAUAAAUCACAAGUCGUCUUCAGAACAGUGCAGACCCUGCUCUGAAAUAUCAGCACUCAGACUGAUGAUGACGAAGACCACCGAGGAAACCAUGGUCACAGUCAGGAUGGAGUCAGAAUCUGGGAGGAUGGAGUCGCAGACAGUAACUUCAGAGACGCAGGCAGGUGGAUGCGCGGCGGCUUGUAUGGUGUCUGACUUGGAGGACAUGAUGUCUCGUCCACUAAGCAAGACAGACUCUCCAUCCAAGAAGAAAGACAAGAGAAGCCGCCAUCUUGGUUCUGAUGGAAUUUACCUGGAUGACAUCACAGAGCUUGAGCCUGAAGUGGCCGCCCUUUAUUUCCCCAAGAGUGAUGGCAGCAUGGCAGUGAGGAGCAUCUCAGACCCAGGCCUCCACAGCACCCGUCUGUCUCCGCAGUCGGUCAGUUCUGGAGGAGACAGCGGAGUGGACAGUUACUGCGAUCCCAUGGCAGACUUCCCAUCCAUCACCAUCUCUUUGUGCGGAGGACUCACUGACAACAGAGAGAUCACGAAAGAGCAGUUCCAUGAGAAGAUCAUCUCUUACCAGCAGUUUGCUGCAAACCCCUCCAUCAUCGAUGACCCCAACUUAGUCGUGAAAAUUGGCUCAAAGUACUAUAAUUGGAGUACUGCAGCCCCGCUUAUGCUGGCUAUGCAAGCCUUUCAGAAACCGCUGCCAAAGGCUACCGUGGAGAACAUCAUGAAGGAGAAAAUGCCCAAAAAAGGAGGGAGGUGGUGGUUUUCAUGGCGAGGCAGAAACAGCAGUACCAAAUCGGACUCGGCCUCUGAACGUGGGGCCUGUGGCUCUGCUGACCAGUCUGGGAAAAUGACAAGCAGACAUAAAGAAGAGUCGUCCUCUAGUGAUGAAGACCACAGUGUGGCCAAACAGGGCUCUCCCAUCGUCCAGUCAGAUCCUGGGCUCACAGUAGGAGGCGUGUCUUAUAAGAAAACACUCCGACUCACGUCAGAGCAGCUGUUGUCCCUCCAGCUGCAGGAUGGUCCCAAUGAUGUGGUGUUCAGUGUGACCACUCAGUACCAGGGAACCUGCCGCUGUCAGGGCACCAUCUACCUGUGGAACUGGGACGACAAGAUAAUUAUCUCCGACAUCGACGGAACCAUCACCAGGUCAGACACACUGGGUCACAUCCUGCCCACACUGGGGAAAGACUGGACCCACCAGGGCAUUGCACAACUCUACCACAAAGUCAGCCAAAAUGGCUACAAGUUCCUGUACUGUUCAGCUCGAGCUAUCGGCAUGGCUGACAUGACCAGAGGUUACCUCCACUGGGUCAAUGAGAGAGGCACCAUGCUCCCUAUGGGCCCCGUCCUCCUCAGCCCGAGCAGCCUCUUUUCAGCUCUGCACAGGGAGGUGAUUGAGAAGAAACCAGAGAAAUUCAAGGUGGAAUGUCUCAAUGAUAUCAAGAAUCUCUUCUACCCCAACCAGCAGCCGUUCUAUGCAGCCUUUGGCAACAGACCAACAGAUGUAUAUUCCUAUAAAGAAGUGGGAGUGCCACUAAACAGGAUUUUUACAGUGAAUCCUAAAGGCGAGCUGGUGCAGGAGCACGCCAAGACCAACAUCUCAUCUUACGUACGUCUGGGCGAGGUGGUGGACCAUGUGUUCCCUCUGAAGGCUCGAGCCUCCUCCUCAGACUUUCCCUGCUCGGACACCUUCAGCCACUUCACCUACUGGAGACAGCAGCCCCCCCGGGUGGAGCAUCAGGGAAUUACACCUCCACACACUCCCAGCCCCGCCAGCUGACCACUUGCAGCCUCCCUAGCAGGCAGACUGACUGAUGGUGUGCUUGAGAUGUUAGCAGUCAUUUGAACGGUUACAUGCAUGUGAUGUGAAUUUGUUUGCAUUUUUGUAGAUGAUGGAGCACUUUUAGGGGAGAGCAGAAAGCUAUUCAGGAGGCCAAUCUGCUGUGACUACUCUUCUAACGCACAAGACGGAUGUAAGCGCACUUUUUAUGAAGAGAUGGCAUCUGAAGCCUUCUGACUAGAUGUAUGUACAUGUUAAACUAUAGUAAUUUAUUCAGGCAGCUCAGCAUGCAUAUUAUUUCUGAGUAAGUGACAUUGAGUUGCUAGCCUUUCUAGUCUGUUUAUGCAGGUGGUGGCAUUCUGUAAUUUACAGAUAAUAUGCUUGUGGUAUCUGCUGACAAAUGCGUCACAAAGAACACAAUCAUAUGGUGCAGACGUCAGAAAACAAGUUACUUCAACCUGUGCCAAAUACUCAGUGUAGAUUUUAUGUUCUCAUGAAUUUUUCUAGUCAAGACUGUUACAGGCCCUCAAUCAGCAUAGAAAUGCAGAUACAAUCAUUCAGGCUAAUUUUGCUUUAUAGCAAUGUGUGUGUGAGUGUUACCUCUUAUUCUGUCUGAAGUCAAUAUUAGUUAUAUGGUACAUUUAAAUGUAUUACAGAGCACAGUGGAUGAAUGAAUCUGAGAUUAGGUACAUUAUAAAGUACUACUAUUACUAACAAUAAUAACACCAGUAAUAACUGUUAUUUUUUAUAGCAUCUUUCAUACAAAAUGCUUUACAACAAAGAGAUUACAUGCAGUACUUCACAUAAAAAGACACAGAAUGAACCUAAAAACAGGGACAGUAAAUUAAUGGAAACUAGAUAAGAAUAGCAAAAAUAAGAUAAGAUAUAUAAAAACAGUGGUAGAGUGAAAUUAAUAUUUAUUAUCGCUGUCAAGAGAAGAGAAAGCACAACACUAUUAAUGGUCAUAAUAACAAUCUGUUGACUCUAAAAACCAAGCGAAGCUCUGAACACUGAAUCUCUUUUAUUUUUCUGUUAAAAUCACACAGUGUGCAGACUGUAUGUUGUGAUCAGAAUGUCAUUACUGUGGGUUGAUUUCAUGAAACGUCUUUUAAUUUAUCCAUACAGGCAUGGUUCACUCAGUAACACAGUGAUUAUCUCAUCUAAGUGACUGUUCCGUUCCCUAAGAUGUAUGCUUAUUUCCAUAGGUGCCAUUAAGUAUAUUUUAUUUAUUCACCAAAUUAAAUACUGACUGAUAUGUGCAGCUUAUAUACACUCAUUAGUUAAGCAAAACCCAUCUUUGAAAAUCCUUGGACUCUUCACAGGUUACAAAGGACAGUAUGUUUGACCUUUUUUUCUUCAAACUUGAAAAGGGAUCCCACAGAUAACAUGAGGUCAUGUAGUGUAGAGUGAGAGCUGCUAUCAGGGUGGCCUUCUAAUAUAACCACCUGAACAGUAUCAUUCAUCACAGUAGGUGUGAGUACGUUUACAAAAGAGGAUGUGUAUAUAAUGCUUUAACAGUUAUUCUUUCCAUGAAAGAGCUAAAAUAGCCUGAGAGCGUGUUAUCUUUGCCUUAACUGUGAAUAUGAUCAAUAACUUGUUCAUUCACUCCGUCCACUCUGUCUUUUGACCAGGUCACUGUUAAAUUGCUGUUAUCAAACUCAAAAUAAAAACCAUAUCAAAAUA